AUGUCUCCAUUAAGCCAUGACGAGUUCUUCACCAAACUCGCCGAUCUCUUCACCACCACCAAGUCCAACCUAAAAGGCAGCAUAUUCCUCACCCAGAAGCGUCUUUCCUACAACCCCUCUGAAUCCCAAACGCCCUCUCCGACCUCUGAUGACCCCCUGACAGCGGUCUUCCCCGAUCUCACCACGACUCUCGCGCCUGCGCCCAUCCUCAUUCGCGCCACAAACGGGAAGUCAAAGGCUGCGCGCAAAAGAGGAAAGAAGGUGAAAUUGUCAACAGUAGUCCAGCCAGACGAGCUGGAAGCGUUCUAUGGACGGUAUGCCGAGGAGCCGUAUCUUGGCGACACGCCCGCGAAUUGCUUCGCGGGCGGCCUUGCUGGCGGUCUGGGCGAUGGUCUUCUAGACCAGACCAUCUGGUGCGUCCCGCUCCACCUCCAGGGUCUCCUGCCGUUUUAUGAGGUCUUUCACCUCACUGAGCAGGAUCUCCAUCGUGUCCACGAGCGCGAACAGCGUCUCCACGAGUCUGAGUCUACCGGCAUGCAACGCACAUGGAAGGCCUGCGUUACUGCGGCUGCCAUGUUUACCAUGCUCAUAGAUGAUAUUUAG